CCCAUAGUCUACCUCAGCCACUGACACACAUCUAGCCACACACCCACCUACGAAUGCGCACACACAUGCGUGCAAUCUACCUAUCCAAACCCACUGCAGGCAGGCCCCUGCAGUAGGCGGCCCUGCAGACGGUACCUAUUCUCGUGCACAUCGAUCCGCCGAACCGUAAUCUCAUACAGCGCCUCUAUCUCCCCCUCACACCCACUCAGACACCCCUCGACGAACGCCUCACUUCCCGCAGACAUGUCGGCCAACGCAGUCAGGGUGAAGGCAAGCGGCCGCAUGGCACAGAUGAGCCUCACGCACCCUCGCACACACGCAUACGACGUGAGAGGCUGCUCAUCCAAGACAGCGUGCCCCUUUGCCCGGCCCGCCUUCAUGAUCAGCAUGUCGAUGCGGGGGUAGGCAGGAGCCGGUGCAUCGGCAGGCAGCUCACUCAGACACGCGGCACAGAAUACGAAAAGGCUCGACACACGAGCUGGCAGACACAAUACGACCUCCCUCACUAUGCCGAGGCUACUGGUCAUGAGCUCAACGUCCUCCACUGCACGGAGCGACCCCAGGAGCGCCCCCGGGGUAUGUGGAAGCGGCGGGCGCUGCUCGUACUCGUCUCGCUCCUCCUGCCCCAUCCCCCUGCCCAUCCCCUGGAUGCAGCCGACCUCCACCUCCAGCUUGGUGACGUUGGGGAAUCGACUGCUCUUGCCGCUGGCGUCUCGGUCGGCCAGCCAGGGGGCCAUGGUGGGGAUGUCCUGGGAGGGCUUGUUGGCGUAGAUCUCGAGCUUGCUCGCCUCAGGGAAGUAGAGGUGGUCACUCCAAUCGUCAUGCAGAGCUAAGAGGCCGCCCUCAUACGUCACCUGCCGACAAUCAAUGGAUGGAUGGAUGGAUGGAGACAACGCUGGUGACCUGAUGGGUGUGUGCGCAUUUAGUUUAAGGUACCUUGUCGAUUUUGGUUGCGAGUUGACCGAUGAAGCGGGCGGCCGUGCGGUCUGGAGGCGGAGCGAAUGACACGGCGGUCUUGUCGCUCUCGCACGACAGCCACAUGUGGUCACACUCCCACUCAAUCUGAUACACACAUACAUGACAACCAGACAGACAUAGGCACACGCGUAUGUGCAGUGAGUGAGGCGUGCUUGAUUGCCUGGCAGCUGCUGGAUUGUGCCCAUGAGAGGAAUGAAGGGAUGCCGAACGAGCCGGGUCCUCGAGGGAACGAAUGGACCUGUAGGGAGAGCACAAAAACGGAGAGCACAAAAACAUGCGAUCUAUGCGGUUGUGCACUUCAACCAAUGGAGUGCGAUGGAGUGCAGUGCACCAGACCUGGUCAUUGAAGUCGGCGCCAACACGUACAGUCUCAAUAGCGAAACGCAGCUUCUUGGGCACGCCUGCACCCACACACACAUAGGUGUGCAAACACCCACCCGCAUAUGCACCACAUCGAUUGACGCUCCCCGUCGACCCACCCACUGUGCCCACCUAGCAUCGAUGGCUUGCCCCACUGUGCCGACAGGGCGUUCUUGACCAUUGACAGUGGCGUGAGGGCCUUGCUCGGGUCGGUGAAGGCGUCGACAUUGAGAUUGGGCAGCGAUGCGAUGGGGGGGCAGCUGUUGAGCGAAGUGAGGAAGUUCUCGCAAUUGUUGUCGCAUUCUGCCCUGGGCAGCCGUCGCAUGAAAUGCACGAAGUAGCCGGAGUCGCCGGCGGCGCUGGCCGACAAGUAGCCGGUGAUGGUCUUGAGCUUCGGGGAUGUCUUGAUGAUGUGCUGGACCCACUCGCUGCGGCUGCUGUCGAUGUGGAGCGUCAGCAGGCCGGGAAACGUCCACCCAUCACGUCUGCAAGACAAACCGUGUACCACAUCCAUCACGAUGCGCUGCGCUGGUGUGCCAUGUCGUGAAGUCCCCCUUACUUGAAGUAUGCGAGCCACGCGUCGCUCGUCACGCUCAGCUGGUCCACAUUUAUGAAGGCCCUACGGCCCCAAUGGGCGAACACACUCAUUGGCCGCUCAUUUGGGGUGCCCUUGAUGCUCAGGCGGGUGAGUGUGCUGCUGUUUGCCGCCAACACCGACGCCGAGAGCUCCUUGUCUGAGCGCGCCUCGAUCGUGGCUGCCUUGACACUCGUCUGCACGCACACGCAGGGAGAGGGGUCAGAACCACCGCAGCAUGCGUGUGUUAGGUGUCUCACCAGUCGUUGCUUGAGCAGGGUCCGUUGCUGCGGUGUGUAUUUGUCGCCGCUGGCUAUGAUGAAGUGCUGCAAUAUGCCGGUCUCCUUGCUCAUGAUCUGAGUGCGGAGAUCCCUACUGACGCGGCACAGUCGGGCGGCCGCCUUGGUACUGAAGAAGGCCGCGAUGCCCUGGACGAACAGGCCGCCGGGCAGCCCGUCCAGUGAGGCGCGACAACGAACCUGACGACAACAGACAGGGUUCACACACAAUGCUCUGUGGAAAGAAUGUGGUGUGUUUGUGUGGUCACCCGCCCACCCACUUGACUAUGAAUCGUCUGGUUGGUCAGUGAUGUCUUGGCGACGUCUGCCGCCUCGAGGAAGCCAACCAGCACGCCGCUCACGACACUCUGCAGCAGCCCGUCUAAACAGGGCCGCCCGUACGGCUGCACACGGGAAAGCAAGAACAGCACGGAUGGGUGAGGGAUGCAUUUCUGCUCGACGGCCGAGCUGUCGUACCUGGGCGGGUGGCUUCCAUCCGGUGGCUAUGGGUAGUAGUGGUUUGAUGGCGGCGUCGAGGACCUCACUUGCGCUCGACACCAUGCCCACGGCAGACGACAACAUGGCUACGAACUCACCCGCACCAGGCAGCUGCACACACAGAGGGAGAGAGAAGACAACGAAUGACCUUCGUGUGUGGUGUGUGUGUCGGUGUUGCCUACAAUGAAUCGGUGAGGGUCGCCCAAGAUCUUCUCCGCCUUGAGCAACUGCGCAGGGAUCUGACGAAGGAAGAAACAUUGCAUUGACAGGGAAGGGCAGCCCACGGGCCAGCCAAUGUGCUGACCUGUUUCCUGAUUUCCUGGAUGCACUUGAGGCCUGGAGGUGAUGCAGCUGCGAUGGGGAUGGAAAGCGUAGGCUCAGCCUCGCCCUCGCCCUCUGUCAAGCUGAGGUCGACAUCGCCAUUGCCACUGUCAUCGUCCUCAUCAGAUGAGACCGAACCGCUCUCUGCUGCUGCCACUGCUGCCACUGCUGCUGCUGCUGCUGGUGGUGGUGGUGAGUCGGAAUCUGGAGCCGAUGCCCGCUGCCAGUAGAUGCCGUUGGAGCCCAUUGGCCACCCGCCACACCGACGCACCACCUCCCUCUCCAGCUUCAGACGCUCAUCGCGCACCUCCUCCAACUUAGUGCUGCACACAUGCACACACCAAACACACACGACCAAGGUGAUGGUUGGAUAAGAAUACGUCAGUCAGUGUGCCGGUGCUGUGCAGGUAGAUACAUCAGCUUCAUGUUCAAUUGCGCCUCAACCAGCCAGUCGGCAUGGUGGGCGGGACGCUCCUCGUCGACGGUGAGUUUCUCGGCUAUCAACUCAUUGUGGUCGAGGAGGACUUUGAGGGAGGAGCGUAAGCCUGUGAGACCGCACCUGAGCUGUAGAGGCAACGAGGGAAGAGGCGGCGGAUCGAGUUGCUGACACACAGACAGAGGACAGUGUGCUAGAUGGAUGGGUGAUCUGUGCUCUCUGCGGUUGUGCAGUGAGUGCAUUCUUACAACACAAACAUACCCAGAUAGAGGGAUAGAAAUUGACGACAUCGUCCAGUCGGUCGACGUGCCCUGCCAGCUGCAAACAAACCAUCCAUCCAUCCACCCGUGUCCCUCCCUCCGUCCCAUGAACCAUUGCAGCCAUGUGCACCCACUUCCUCACUCACCUGCGCUUCGAGUCGCGGCAACUGCGCCUUUACCCACCGCAGCUGCUCAUAGACAUCACGCAGCUCCUGUCGCCCGCCGCCCUGCAUCAGAGAAGCCGUCGAUUGGAUGAGUCAGAGUCCAAGAGACGCGCUGGCAUCAUCCAAGCAUCCGCAUCGGGGCAUCUCACGUACCUGUCCAUCCAUCUUGCUCGUGGACGUGGUGGUGGUUAAGGGUAAGAUUGUCCGUGAAAGGUCUGUGAUCUUUGAC